UGUUCCUCCUCUCCUCCAGCUGUUCCUCCCCCCGUCCAGCAGGGGGCUCCACGGCUCCUCCACGGCUCCUCCGGACCGGAAGUCGGAGUGUUUACGUCUCCGUCCCGGGCUGCAGAGAGCGGAGAAGCCGCAGAAUGUGCGCCGUGCAGCUGCUGCGGGCGUCGGUCCAUGAGCGGAUGGGCGCCGCCGCCGCAGACCUCCUGCUGCGGCUGGAGGAAGGAGGAGAAGCGGCGGAGCUCCCGGCGCUGAGAGCGCUGCUCCCCGAGCGGCUGGCGGCGGCUGCGGAGGAGAUCGUCGCUCUGCUGGAGGAGACCGUGGCGGAGUACGAGGAGCGGCUGGAGCGCUCCGAGCGGGAGCUGCGGGGCCAGAGGAGGCUGCUGGACGCCGUGCUCCAGCCCCGAGUGCUGCUGAGCAGAGCAGACCUGCAGCUGCCGGGGGAGGACAGGAGCCGUCCGGACCAGAACCCGGAGCAGGACCAGAACCUGGAGCAGGACCAGAGCCCAGAGGAGGACCAGAACCCGGAGCAGGACCAGAACCUGGAGCAGGACCAGAGCCCAGAGGAGGACCAGAACCCGGAUCAGGACCAGAACCUGGAGCAGGACCAGUCUGCACCUCCUCUCAUCAAGGAGGAGCCCCAGGAGGCCCAGAUCAGCGCCUCCUCCUUCAGUCCUGCUGAAGUGAAGACUGAAGAGCCUCAGCUUCCUGACUCAGCAGGGGGAGGGGGCGGGGCUUCGGCAGGGGGAGGGGCCUCAGGUCUGGAGCGGGACUGGGACGGGCGCGGCGACCCGGAGCAGCAGGGAGUGGGCUGCUCCUUCUGCGGGAAGCGUCUGGGCGGCGGCGGAGAGCUGACCCGCCACAUGUGGCUGCACACCGGCGAGCGGCUGCUGCGCUGCGUGGUGUGUCACCGCCGCUUCCCCGGCGAGCGCCGGCUGCUGGAUCACAGCUGCCUCCGCCCGGCCUCGCCGCCGCGCCCCGCCUCCGGCCCCCUCCGCCCCGCCUCGCCGCCGCGCCCCGCCUCCGGCGGCCUCCGCCCGGCCUCGCCGCCGCGCCCCGCCUUCGGCUGCCCGCUGUGCCGCCGCGGCUUCGGCAGCCGGGAGGAGCUGAGCGCGCACGCCGCGGCCCACGUCUCGUGCUCGGUGUGCGACGCCGCCUUCGCCGACGCCGACGCGCUGAUGCUGCACAUGAGGAGUCACGGCGCGCAGACGCGCUUCAGCUGCUCCGUCUGCGGGAAAGACUUCGCCUGGAGGCGGCUCCUCGCCCGGCACAUGGAGGUCCACGGCGGGGACCGGGUCCAGCGGGCCCGCCCCGCACGGCGCCGCACAGUCCUCCGCCGGAACAACGGCGACUGGCCUGCAGGACCGGGACCGGGACCGGGACCGUACUGCCAGCCGGACAGUGAGGACAGUGGGGACAGUGAGGACAGCGACUUCUGGAAGGACCGGCGGACGCCUCCGGGCUCUCCGGGCGGCGCCGGAGCAGCAGAGGAGCCGCUGGAGGCCCCGGGGGGACGGCCCGUCCUCGGCCCCGUCCAUCUGACGGGGGACCGCCGUGGACCGGAGGCGGGACCGUUGGACUCCUCGGAGACGGACGUCAGUGAUGAGGACUGGACUCGGCCGGCAGGCUGGAACCAGGUGGACGGCGCGGACGGUGGGGACGGCGGGGACAGUUUGGACAGUGUGGACAGUGACUUCUGGAGGGACAGGUCUUCGUGGGGCGCUCCACAGCGAGUCUCUCCAGAAGCCUACCGGUCCUGUUUACCGUCUUAAACCGUUUCCUGAGAGAACUUCACACGACCGAGGCUCUGUGACCUCUGACCUCUGACCUCUGACCUCAUCCUGGUUUCACUUUGAAAAAUGUUAAUGAUUGAAUUAAAGCUUC